AUGUUAAAGGUAGAGACAAUUGAAAGCUAACAGAAUUUAGUUUGUAAGAAUAAACAUAAUCUACCAAUCAGUCAGAUAGUGUGGGAUGUAAAUUUAAAACUUGAUGAACGAUUAUUGUGUAUUUAAUGUGUUGAAGAUUAUGAAAGUGAAUAAAGAACAAUGGGAUUUAAAAAGGUAUUAAAAAUGAUAGAGGAAAAAUAAUAAAAUAAAGUUUAAGAAUACGAUAAUUUACUAAUGCCUCAUAUAGAUUCUGUUCUCUAAUUAUAAGGAGCAAUAACAGAUCUGAAAUAAGGUAUAAUAAAAUAAUUAGAUGAAGUAUUAAAGAUUUCUAAAGAAUGGAUAAAGAAUUUAGAAUUCACAAAAUAACAAUUGAACAAAUAUUCAUUUUUUUAGGAAUUAGAUAAAUUAAUAAAAAAUGAAUAAAAUGAUUUUGAUGAAACGAAGCUAAAAAAAGAAAUCUAUUUAAUCCAUAAUGAAUUGAGUAGUUAAAUAAAUGAGAAAUUAGAAUGUUUUAAUGUAUUUAAGGAAUAUAAUGAUUGUAAGGAGAUUCUAAAGAAAAUAAUAAAUGUAGAGGAAUUAUAAUAAUAUUCACCACCUCUUUCUCCAAUAAAAUUAUUAUCAGAGAGAUUAUCAAUGAAAUUGCCUCAAUAAUCCAGAUCAUCAAACUAAUUAUAAAGUUUACUUAUGAAUAAUUCUUAAAUUGGUAAUAGUUCAAAUACUUAUGAAUUAUUACCUUAGAUGAGUCAUAAACAAACAUAUUUCUGUAGAGCAAUAGCUAUAAAUCAUGAUAAUAGUAUAAUAAUAGUAGCAUCUAAUUCUAAUAUAAAGGUAAUGGAGAUUUUUAUAUAAGAAUAAUAGGUGAUUUCAUCAAAUACAAUAAAUUCUAUAAGUGAAAUGGAAAUAAAAAGAACUCCAAAAUUAUUAUAAUUAUUAUAAGGUGAUCAUACAGAUUUUGUAAAUACUCUUAAUUUUUUUAAAAAUACUCCAUCUAUGUUAAAUAGUUUCAUAUCUGGUUCAAAAGAUUCAACAAUAAUUAUAUGGAGUCCAAAUAGUCUUUCUAGUUAACCAACUUUUUGGUCUCCUUUAUUUAAAUUAAAUGGACAUUCUAAUAGUAUUAGAUGUUUAAUUAUACAUCAUCUUUCAGAAGAUUUAUUUAUUUCAGGAAGUGAUGAUUAAUCUAUUAAAUUUUGGUCAUCUGCUUCAUUUUAUCAAUAGAAAUAAAAAUGGAUUUGUUAAUAAACAAUUAAAGAACAUCAAGAUUGUAUAUGGGCAUUAUCACUUAAUGAGGAUGGAAAUUAAUUAAUAUCAUGUGGUGAAGAUAAGUUUAUUAUAGUGAUGUAAUUAUCAAAUAAAUAAUUAUGGGAAAUCAAAUAAAAAAUAUAAGUAGAUGUCUAAGGAAUGCGAGUUUGUUUUAUUGAUAAUUAUUAAUUUGCUUUUUAACCAUGUUCUGGAAAAGCAUUACCAAAUUUAAGCAUAUUUACAUUUAAUUCAUAAUCAGGAAUGUUUACAAAAACUCAAGACAUUCCUGUUUAAGGAGGAGAAUAACCAUGUGUUUUCUAUUUUCCAUAAAAAUAUAUUCCAUCUAAAUAAUUACUCAUUUCAAAAAAUGGAUGCUAUGUUAAUCUAAUCAGAUUUUCAUUUUCACCUUCUUCUUUUGAUUUUAUUUAAGAUUGUAAAUUAGAAUAAUCCAUUCACUUUGGUAUUGAAUCUGAUGGAGAAAUAUUUGGUACCAUAAGUGAAGAUGGAGAAUUUUUAAUUACAUGGGAUUCCAAAUCUAAAGAUGUUCAAAUUAGAUAGUAUUAAGAAAAAAAACAAUGA